AUGGACGAUGCGCGAUGGCUGGAAUCGUGCAAAGAACAAGGUCGUCUGAAUGCUACUGAUCUAUCACGAUGGGUUCUGAUACGACAUACCCAGAUCAAGGUAAUAUUGUACUGUAGUUAUGUUAUAAAGUUAUAUAAUGUUUUUGUAAGCUUCUAUAACAUUUGACAAGUUUUUAGUAUUAUAUUUUAACGACAGUAACAAUUCCAGAUUUCUGGUACCUUAAUGUCGGUAUCAGCGGCUGUGUCAUUACUUGACAGUAUUCUCUGUGUUACUCUGCUGAUUCUGAUCGUAUCUGCUUUACGAAACCCUUCGGUCAAACUUCGUACAUACUCGUAAGUAUAAGUUAAAAUAUUACAGUAUAUUUAACUUACAUUAUCUUAAUUUUGUUUUUUUCCAAAUUAACCUAAUAUAAUAUAACAAUUUCUGUUACAUUACAGUUUUGUAUCUAACCAAAUCAUGGUAGAUCUUACUGUAACUGCAGUUAUUUUUGUCACUGCCAUGGUCACGGAAGUGCGACGUUCCUUCAGUUUUACGUUCACAAUGACAAUGUUCAUAUGUAUCUUUCCCACGAUUACUACAGCUGUAAUCCACAUACUUCACACAGCCUACAACUAUGUAAGUUUAGACAUAAUAUCAAUACCUAAAUGAUAUUUGGACAAUAAUACUAGAGCAAACAUUGUGUGGCCCAGAUUACAUUAAAAUAUAACAAACUAAGGCCAGAAACGAGUACCCAGAAGUGUGUAACAGAUUCAGAGUCGAGUACGUAGUGCUAUUGAACUUUGUGGUAUGGAUAAUAUCUGGAGGUACCUUGUUUCUGUUCUCGACAUUGUUUCACAUUCUUGAAAGUGGUCACAGUAAGUGUCAGAUAAGUAUAUGAAACGUUAUUUAGAACAUUGUCAACCAUGGCUGAUUGCUCUACUGUUGUUACUUCUCAUCGUGACUACCAUAGCUAACAUUACAAGUUACUUUCAAACCGGAAGAAGACUAAAACAAAAAGAGAGUGUUCAGAGGUAAAAAAAACUAAAAUAUUCAUUGCUUAGUUUAAAACAUAACAAACAGUCAAUAUCUCUCUCAAGUUCUGCAUAAUAUUGUUUUAGAGAGACAAACGACGCACCCAUAGCCAAACAAUGUUUGUUGUCCCACAAAAUCGCCAAAAACAAAGUUAUCCUACACACAGUCGCCACUACAAUAGUUACUGUAACUCUAGUGUUCUUGAUCAAAAGCUUUCUUGAUCUACAACAAUUGAAAGUGAUUUACUUUCACUGUGAUAUUGACCUUGUCCUAAACCUUGUAGACAACAUUCAAUUAUGUGGUACUAUCAUAGUCUUGACAUGGUUAACGACGAUAUUAGUUAAUUGUGUCUUGACAAUGACAUCUGACUACAAUAGCCUGCUGUGGUUUAUUUACAAGAACGAUCUAGACACCUGGACGGACGACAACGAUGUGACCAAAAAAGUAAAAAUCAGAAACGUAUUUUCAUUUUCAGCUUGA